CUUAGCUUGCCGUUUCGCGUCGCGCUUCUUGUCCGCUUUCAAUGUUUUCCGUUUUAUUUAGUUAUUUCUGUGAUGCAAACCUAUUUCUUAACUAAAAUUAACAUUGUUAGUUUAUUGUGAAUAAAACUGUGCAAAGUUACUGUGAUAUCGGUCCCCGGACAAGGAAUUGAACGAGAUUUCAUCCCGGAGUCAUAUAUCAUUGUAAAGGAGCUCUCUUUUGAAGUUGAGCCCCGCACCGCACCGGCUUGCUCGCUGACCGCCGAGCCGCUAAUCUAGCUUUUUUCGCGCCCCACCGUCGCCAGCCCAGACCCACACCGGCCGCCGCAAUGCUCGCGCACCAAGCACAGCUCGCCCUCUACUAAACUCAUCAGUCAAUAUCUAUAAAAACGCGUGUGAUAACAAUAAUUUAAUACUCGCCUCUAUAAGCUUGCAACGUCGGUGUCUUUAAUUCUAACUUAAUUGUAAGGAUUAAUCAAUUAGUUAGUAACUAUCAUCGUAUCCGCGCGUCUCCCGCUGCGGAAGUAUAUUUCUCGCGUGUGCAGUAGUGUGUGAUAGUGAGGGUGCGCGAGAGCCUCCAGUGGCCAAGAGUAGUUUGCGACAAACCAGUGUGAGAAGUGCAUGCAAAGAGCGCGCCGUCGCGCUCGCCCGCUGUCACUGCCUAUGCGCCGCACUCGCACUGCGUAAAAGUGCGCGCGAAAACCGCCUCCUUUGAAGACAUAGCCAACAAUGGCCACCAUGGUGAACAUGAACAGCUUGCUGAACGGCAAGGACUCCCGCUGGUUACAACUCGAAGUAUGCAGGGAGUUCCAGCGGAAUAAGUGCUCGCGACCAGAUACUGAAUGCAAAUUUGCGCAUCCCCCGGCUACCGUCGAGGUGCAGAAUGGAAGAGUCACCGCCUGCUACGACAGUAUCAAGGGACGGUGUAACCGCGAGAAGCCACCCUGCAAAUACUUCCAUCCGCCACAACACCUGAAGGAUCAGCUGUUGAUCAACGGCAGGAAUCAUCUAGCCCUGAAGAACGCACUAAUGCAGCAAAUGGGUCUGACACCCGGGCAAGUGUUGCCCGGUCAGGUGCCCGCCGUGGUGGGCGGCAUGAGCGGCGCGGGCGCGGCCGCUGGUCAUCUCACCACGCUGGAUCCGAUCAGUCUCGCCCUGCUCGCCCCGCAGUGUGGAUGUGUGCAGGCGACGUCACCUUAUUUGUCGGGGGUGCCGGGCGUGGGAUCGACGUACGCACAGUACUAUGCACCUCAGCUGGUGCCCGCAAUGUUGGGUCACGAUCCGGCAGCCGCCGCCGCCUCGCCACUCGGUGUCAUGCAGCAACCCGUGCUGCAACAGAAAUUGCCUCGUACCGAUCGUCUCGAGACGGCAGCAGCAGUGCAGUCGCCGGCAACGAGCGCAACUUCAGAGCCGGGCAAGAAACGGGCGGCGCCAACCGAGUUCGAGCCGCCACCGAUGGACAUGAAGAGCGUCGGUUCCUUCUAUUAUGAUAACUUUGCCUUCCCCGGCGUGGUGCCGUACAAGCGACCGGCUGCCGACAAAGCUGGUGUACCAGUGUAUCAGCCGGCGACAACCUACCAGCAACUGAUGCAGCUCCAGCAGCCGUUCGUGCCCGUGUCAUGUGAGUACCCCGCGCCCGCCACGUCCGCCCCGCCGGUCGCGGCCGCCGCGCCUCCCUCGGCGCCUGCGUCCGCGCCUGCACUCCCGCCCGCGCACACUCCCGCUCCGCAGCCCGCUCCCGCGCCCGCGCCCGCUCAGCCGCCGCCGCAGCCGCCCUCUCCCUCGGCGGCGCAAGCUACUGCUGGUUCUGUACACCCGGACGGAACGGACCCGGCCGCCGUUGCCAAAGAGGUCGCUCAGAAGAACUACAUGGCGGCACUCGCUUUUGCCGCUCAACAUUCGGCCAUGGCUCAGGCGGCGGCCGCGUACACGCAACAGGCGCUGAAGGCACGCGCUUCAAUGCCGGCGUUGAUGCGCGCCCCGCUGAUGGUCCGUCCGGGAUGGCCCGGGCCGCCCAUGCAGAUGCCUGCGUUCUAUCAGCAGCCGUACAUGUACGCGAUGCCGCCCCCGGCCCCGCCUUCAGCAGCGGCCGCUGCAGCGGCGGCGGCGGCUGCCGUUAAUCCUUACAAAAAGAUGAAGACCACGUAGAGAGGUGCGCGGCCGGCGGGGCGCGAGCGCGGGGUCUCCGCGUAGAGACUCACACGUGUGCCACCGAGUGGCCCGUCCCGGCCUGUCGGGGCGGUUAGCGCUAGGGGUGUUGUCACAUUUGUAUUGUAUUAUUGUGAGGACGAAGCGAGCGGCCCGUGCCCUCGCGGAUGUCUCUGUAGUUUUAUGCUGUAUCUAUAUUAUUGUGUAUUCGCUCACUUACGACUUAGGUCGAUAUUCUGUGCGUGUAUAUUUCUCGUAUCUACUCUCGUAUCCCGGUAAUAAUAACGCUUGAGAUGCA